GGGGGGAGCCGGAGCUGGGUGGCUAAGCCCUCCCUCCCCAGGCCGUGCGUAGGGCUUGGCCAUUGGUGGGUGGGGAGCCAUCUGGCCGUCCCGGCAUGCUAGGCUGCGCUGGCUGGUGGUUACGUUGUGUCUUUCCCCCAGUGGGUUGGAAGUAGUUACCUUUGUCGCCAAAAAGGAGGAAGGAAGGAAUCGACACACACACACACACACACGCAACCAAAGGGAGGAAGUUCAUUGAGACACUGAGAUUGCUCCUGCUUGCCUGGGCUCGCCUCUGAAGUGUGACGGCGGCGGUGUUGUUGUUUGUUGUUGUUUGUUGUUGCUUCUUUGAAGCCUCCUCUUCUCCCACAUCACCCCGUUCCCGGGCUCCUGGCAGCGACUUUCUGGGGGGAAGGCGGCGCGGGAGCGGACGCUGGAGGCUGUAGGCUCGGGAGGGAGAGACGCGUUCUCCCACAAUAUGCCACGAACCAGCUCCUAGAACGGCUCAAGUCAGCGAGGCGCGAAGAACCCUGCGAAACACCCCCUGAAAUCCUAGUGUCAGACCCGGAUCACUGCAACGUGGCUGCGGCUAGACGGGUCUGGAGGGCGCGUGGCUCUGCCGUGCGGAUGCUCAGCAAGCCCGAGUUCAGUGCAUCCCCUCAGGCCUUGAUUCAGCAAAGCAUUUGAUUGACGGGCAAUGGCUACAAAUUGCCGACUGGAGUGAGCUGAAGAUGCAGCCGUCUGACUAACAGGUUUCCAAGCAGCCUCUGGAGGCCCAAAGCACCUGGAAUUAACCAGACGGCAGCAUAACAUGAACUGAGAAAAAAGCAACCUGGAUUUUUGUUUGUUUUUUUGGUUUUGGUUUUAAAAGCUUUUACAUAACAAAAAAAUUCUUUCAUGAAAACGUUUUAAAACAGGGUUAUUUUUCCCCUUCCCCCGAACAAGAAAGUCGUCCCCGUACGGUGAGGAUUUCCGGAGAAGAUGGGGAGGAAAAAAGAUCCAGAUCCAGCGGAUCACGGAUGAGCGAAAUCGACAGGUGACCUUCACCAAGCGGAAGUUCGGUUUGAUGAAGAAAGCCUAUGAGCUGAGCGUCCUGUGCGACUGCGAGAUCGCCCUGAUCAUCUUCAACCACUCAAACAAGCUGUUCCAGUAUGCCAGCACGGACAUGGACAAGGUGCUUCUCAAAUACACCGAGUACAAUGAGCCACACGAGAGCCGGACCAAUGCAGACAUAAUCGAGACAUUAAGAAAGAAAGGUUUUAACGGUUGCGACAGCCCGGAACCCGACGGAGACGACUCCAUUGACCAGAGCCCCCUGAUGGAGGAUAAAUACCGCAAAGCCAGCGAGGAUCUGGAUAUCCUCUUCAAACGAUACGGUUCUGCAGUGCCCGCUCCGAACUUCGCCAUGCCAGUGACGGUUCCGGUGACCAAUCAAAACACGUUACAGUUCAGCAACCCCGGGGGCUCCUUGGUGACCCAGUCGCUGGUGACCUCUUCGUUGACGGAUCCAAGACUCCUCUCACCACAGCAGCCGGCCCUGCAGAGAAACACUGUGUCACCGGGUUUGCCGCAGAGGCCAGCCAGCGCGGGGGCGAUGCUCGGGGGAGACUUGAACAACACCAACGGAGCUUGCCCAAGCCCAGUUGGAAAUGGGUAUGUCAGUGCCAGAGCCUCGCCGGGUCUCCUCCCGGUCUCAAAUGGCAACACCAUGGGCAAGAUCAUCCCAGCAAAGUCACCGCCGCCACCCUCCCACGGCACGCAGCUCGCCGCCAACAGCCGCAAGCCGGACUUACGCGUGAUCACCUCGCAGGGCGCAAAGGGUUUGAUGCACCAUUUGACGGAGGACCACUUGGAUCUGCAGAAUGCACAGAGGUUAGGAGUCUCCCAAGCAACUCAUUCUUUAACCACGCCAGUCGUUUCGGUGGCCACUCCAAGUUUGUUGACCCAGGGCCUGCCUUUCUCUGCCAUGCCCACAGCAUACAACACAGAUUAUCCGCUGACCAGUGCAGAGUUACCCUCGCUCCCGGCGUUCAGCUCACCCAGCGGGUUGUCGCUUGGCAACAUCUCGGCCUGGCAACAGCAACAUCAGCAGCAACAUCAGCAGCAGCAGCAGCAGCAGCAGCAUCUUGUUCCUGUAUCACUAAGCAACUUAAUACAAGGGGGUCACUUAUCUCACACCACCACGUUGACUGUCAACACCAACCCCAACAUCAGCAUCAAGUCGGAGCCUGUCUCGCCCAACCGGGAACGUAACACUGCCACGCCACUCAGCUCCUUCCCGCACCAGAGCCGGCACGAGCCGACGGGGCGUUCUCCCGUCGACAGCCUCAGCAGCAACGCCAGCUCCUAUGAAGGCAACGAGCGGGAUGACCCCGCCAGAGCCGAUUUCGGCUCGUCCCUCGGCCUCCUGAGACCCACGACCGAGGCCGAGGGAGAGAGCCCGUCCGUAAAGCGCGUGCGGCUGGACACCUGGCUCUCAGUGCAUUCUGUAGUCAAGAGGAUCCGAAAUGGUUAACUCCAUUGACAGGUAUAAAAGACCAUCUGGUACUCAGCCAUCUGACCUGCUCGAACAUCAAUGUAGAACAAACCUGAGGAAAAAUCUUUUUGCUCGUUAACUUCAUACUCUAACUCCCAACUUGACAUGUCUACCUUGGAGCUGAGAGCUCGGAAAAUAAAAAUGCAACCUGGAUGCAUAUAUAUAUUUUGAGAGCGAGAGAGAGAUGGAGACAGACCACCAAUUGACUGGCUAAAUCAGUUACAAAAUGGCAUUAAACUGUGGCACCAAGCAGCUAACAUUUCAAAUAAAUAAAAAGCCGAGGUUCAAAGGUGAUCUUCAGAAAUCUGGUGUUGGGUCUCUAAAACGUGCAUUGGCUCAACCUGUUUGGAAAUACGGCUUGUGGGAAAGUUGGGACUGCACCGUGGGAAUUGACGGUGGGGGGUGUGGGGUUUGACAACCGCAUUAGCUUCACCGUUCAGGUGAAAUGAUUUUGGGGUUUUUUUGGUCUGGGUUAUUCUCUAUUUCCCCACAGACUGUAGAAUCCAGUAAACGCCUCUUGAUUUUCAAAAGACAACCAGAAGAAUGACAAUCUAAGAAAUCAACACCCUCCUUUGUGCUUCUAUAAAUAUGUUUCUGAUCUUUUAAUUUUAUUUCUCGUGCUCCACUGUACUGUUGACAGUUACAUUGUGUAUAAUUUGUUUUUUAAUUUGGAAUUUUGCGUUGUAUAGGGUUUAGUUUUAAAAAAUAUAUAUAUAUUUUUUCCAUUUUUUAAAAAGGGGUGUUGCAAAAAAAAAUUGCACGAUUUAAAUGACAAACAGUUCAAAUGCUGCAGUUUUUAGAGAUAUGGAAGCAAAUGGAGCUUAUUUAUUCUCAAAAGCUAUAAAAGGUGUAAAAUGCAUGAAGAAAAAAAACAUUUACAAAAAACAAAAACAAACAAAAAAAGACAAAAAAAGUGUAACCUGAACAAAGUGUAGCGUUAAAAAAAAAAAUUUAAAUGAUGACAACAAUGAAAAACAGCUAAUAUAUUGUGUUUGGCUAGUUUGCUUUUGUUUUUAAUUGUUCCUUUUUUUUUUUUUUUUUGAGAAUGAAAUACAAUUGUGUAUAUUUUCAUAUAAGAAGUAUGCACUGAUAUGUUUCAAAAAAUGAUAUAUUACUUUCUAAAGAUGUGGUUAUUUACCAAAGUCUGUUUCUGAUCUUUUCCUUCUUGAAACCUAUGUGGAUCCUUCAACAUCCAUACUCUGGGGUUAAAUACAAGGGGCCUAUUUGAAGUUACACUAAGAUCUCUUUACAUUGCUGUGGAAGAGCUACAGUGGCAUGAUCUUAAAGCUGCUUUAUACGGCCAGAGCAACCUAAAGAGUCCUUUGUGUAACAGGUUUACUUCUCAAGCGACUCAGAUGUGGGGUUUGCUUUGAUGUGUGGUACCUUCCCUACCAACACCAAAAAUGUAGGGCAUAGCCUAGGUUAUGAACAGAUUUUAACCAUAGGUUAAAUGCUCCAUCAAAGACUGUUUUAACCCAUCAGGAGAACAAAAUUGUCCUUCAAGGAUGGGGCGUGAGACAAAUCAAGACGUGCACUGAGGAUUUCCUGGGUAAAUUAAGAAUCAAACACAACGCUAGGCUCCUGUUCAAAGUCAUAUUUUGUCAAGUAGAUUCCAGUGAAUGAAAUUGGAUCAGGAGUUUCUUCCGUAUACAUCAGAGAUGGUGCUCCUGGGAGUUGUAGCAUUUUGGUGCCCUGGUUGCUGUUCAUUUCAACCCGAGUGUGCUUAUGUUUGGCCAUGACAGAGACCAUAUGACUGCGUUGGGCCAGAUUGUGGUCAUGCGUAUGGGUUUUGGAGCCCUAAGGCUUAUGGAAAUUUUAGGCCACUUCAAAAAUAAUAAUAUAUUUCCUGUCAUCCCUUAAGGAAAGGGGUUAGGUUUGAUUCACCUCUUUCUGAAUAAGAAACUGGGGUGCGGAGCAGGGGCAGCAAAAUUUCAGAGAUCGGUGUAUUUUCAAAAUUUGGGUUUGCAGCAAAAUAUUGUCAAAGGUGCAAUCAGGCUAUGGGACAUGGCAUCUCCUGCAUUAGAAGGGCAGAGAGAAGAUCUCGCUCAAGCUGGAGCAGAGUGCAGACUAGAGAUUGGAGAUACAUUUUACAGAGCCUGAUUCCCCAGCAGAGUAAAGGGAUCUCAAAGUCAGAGUCAGUUACAGUUGCACCUACGUUAAGGCCCCUUUAUGCUGCCAGAGUGGUGUAAAGGGGCCUGGGUGAAGGAGAAUGCAAGCUUGGAAGCAAAUGGAUAGCCAAACUCCUAACAGAGUUACCCAGUGGCAAUCAGGUACCAUUGCAUAUGGGAAGGGGUAUAAAUUGGAUUGAAUGAAGUACUGAAUGGGGAUAAGCCGACAGGAAAAUUCUGGACCCUACCACCCCAUCACUUUCGGGGGUCGGCUCUGAAUGCAAAUUUCAUAUUUGGGUCCUAUCUCUAUAGUGGGUGAAAGCCAAACACAAAGGGCCCCGCUUCUCCUGUAAUCACUGGCACCGCUGCAAAGUGAGUGUAAAACACUGCCGUUUCAUCUGGUAGUGUCACACUCCUAUUGCACUGACGUCAAUGAGCGAACAAGGGGCCGGGCAGCUGCGAAUCAGGGAGAUCAAAAUCCUCUGAGCCCACCUCUGGACUUAGGCAGCGAAGCACAUGGGGCCAAAUCCUCUGCUGGUGUAAAUGGGAGCCAGUGGAGCCAUGCUGAGGUUCUCAGCAUUGGGGGAGGGGGCAUCAUUUUGGAAUCCCUGUACUGGGGAGAUGGCUGUGCUAACUGAGUUCUCUUCAAACUCGGCACUCCUACGACCACUCGUUCCUUCAAGCUUAGCCCAAAUUUCCUCCAUAGUACAUAUUUUAUCAGCAACAAAUCAUACGGUUUUCUGAAAUUUUGCACACCAAGGGUCUUAUGCUAAUCCCCCACCCCACCCUCAGUUAUACAACCAUAAAGCAAUAUUACUACCCAGAAGCUCACGUGGGGAUAUAAUUGAGGGCAGAAUUUGGUGUAAACAGAGCCGGUUGAAAAAAAACAACCCAAGAGCAACUGUGUUGGGCAGCAGGAAGCAAAGAAAAUUGUCUAACUUCCACACUGCUGAAAAAUCUCAUCCAUCUGAAUAAACACAUUGAUUUUUUUUUUAUUUUAAAAAAGUUCUUUUUUGGAGCCAGCAAAUUCCAUUGACAUUUUGAAAAAUAAACGUUGACUGGCUUAAAAAACCCCACCCUCACAAAUUUCACAAUUUGAAACGUUUUGACCAGCUCUAGGAUAAACAUUGUAAAACUUUUAAUAACCACGUGGACGGGUAAUCUAGAUAGAAAUAUUUAUUUCUUUUAGUGGCUCUCUUAAGAGAUAUUGCAGGAAAAGAAUAUAUAUAUAUAUAUAUAAAUAUAUAUGGCUACAUGGGAGUUCUUAAACUCCUUUUUUUUUUUUUUUUGGUAAAUGCCAAUUCCCUACAUUGCUUAACUAUCCCUAAUAGCGACAAGGUUUCUAGCGAACGUUUACAUGGUUUUGUAACCUGAUGGAGUCAAAGAAUUGUUUUCAGUUUGCUAAAAGGUUUCAGGUGUGCUUCUUCCCAUGCCUGUUGUUCCAUGCCAUUCCCCAUUUCAUCAUGAUGUCGUCCUCUCUUCCCAGUUCAUUCCCCCAAACAUUGGGUAGGAUUUUGAGAGAUCCCGUCCAUUGAAAGCAUCCGAAAUAUAUUCUCUGCUGGCCAACAAUUCUGUUUGCCCAAUACAAUCAUGGGAGGGCGAGAGACAAUGGAGGGAGCUGCCCGAUUCCUCCCUGGUCUGUCCGGUUGUCUGCCUUUGCUCCCCAUUUGGGUUGGUGCACGACCGUGCAGCCGCAUGGCUUGGUGGCAGUGGGGGUGAAGAGAGGCUGGCAGAGGGAUGGCGGAAAGCCAGAUCCUGCACUGGUCAGAACAGGGCUGUGGGAGCUGGGUGUGCCUGGCACUUGAGUGGUGGCCUGGUGGCUGCCUCCCACCCUACACCAAGGGCUGCCUUGGAUGUGGAGGGGGAACGGCUCACUGGCAAGAUGGCUACCUUGCACUCGAGUUUCGGUUCCCCAGUCGGGUUUAAGGAGGCCUCAUGCCUCACAGGCAUAAACUUAAAUACUCUACCGCACCCCCACCCUGGUCUCUAUACAAGGCUGAUGCAAGAUGAGCCAGUGAGCGACCUAGGACCUUUAGCACCCAAAACCUAGGCCUCUUUCACUUGAGCAAAAGGAGUAUCUCCCUUAGCUGGUAGCAGUAGCAAGCUCUUAUCCUCUGCACGGACCAGCCACUAGAGGGGGACAUGGCAGCCUCAUCCCGUGUGUUGCAGCAGCUUUGCUGAAAAGGUCAAAGGCCCCGUUUGCGGGGGGAGAGGGUGUAGAUCAGCGCUCGCUGUGACAGGGCCGCUGGUCUCCAACCUGUGCCUGCUAGAACACGUGAUAGUGGGACCCAGCGUGGGGGGAAGCUAAGGCUGAAUGGGACUUCCCCUUUGUAGAUGGCAGGAGAGAAAUCCACAGGGCUUACUCCCAUGAGGAAAGCAAGCUGGGUUUGGAGCAGAGCCAUUCAGAGGUUGUUGAGGUGCGGGGAGGGCUCAUCUCUACUGUUAUAAAAGGCCAGACUCUAAGUCCAAACUGAAGCUUCGAAUCAAGAUGGGAAUCAGGUUGGGGAAUGCCCCCCUGCAGCCGUAAUAAGAUCCUGACUAGCUGUGCGAGGAAAGAGAGAAGAGUGCUUGAUCCUGCAUUCCCCCCUCACCCCAAAGCUGCCCCUGGGGGGCAUUGGGAAAGCAGGAUGGGGUCAGAUCUGGCCAGCUUGCCUUGGUAAGUGGGAGCUGGGCAAGGAACAACCUGUCCUGGCACCGCAGAUAUCCAAGAGCCUAGAAAAUAACAUUUCCCUCCUCUCUCUUACAUCUUAGCAUAAGCCACAUCCUCAGCUGGUGUAAAUCAGUGGCAUUUCAUUGAUGAAGCCAAUUUACAUGGGUUGAGAGCGAGGUCCUACAUUUUCUUCCUUUCUCACCUGUUUUCCAUCCUUUCCCCCACAACUUCGCUCUCCCUCCUUCCCUCUGUUAAAAAACCACUCCACCCCAUUAAGUAAGUGUUACGUUCUCACUACCUCCGUCAUCCCUCUUUCCAUCUGAAAACCAGAAGCCAUGAACAGUUUGUAGAAGAGGUCCUUUCCUCUGGCUUUCCUUUCUUCUGGAGCUCCAGUCUCCCGGUCUUUCUUCCCUUCCCUCUGAUCUUUAACUUGUAGUAUUUUACCUGGCUACUGUAAUUGUAAAUAGCAAGUUUCAAUAUGUUAGCAAUGGUAACAGUACAGGAAACUGUUUUUUUUUUUUGUUGUAUUGAUAUGAAAUGAGAUUAUAUUUUUGUCAGAGUAUAUUGUAAUAAUACUGACUUUCAACAUGGCCGCAACUGUACAGCUUAUUCUUGUUUUACCCUCUCUUGACCUGUCCUUCUUCCUUUCCUUUGUCCACAGACCUGCUCCCCCUUCCCCUCCCCUCCCUGAUUUGUUCUAUAUCGCAGAAUUUAAACCCAUCCAGGCGACGUGCCAGGGUGGAGAGAGGGCCAGGAGUUGGUGAUGGCUUGAGCAAAGAGAGAACUUGUAACAGAGCCCAGAAAGAUCCUUCGUAGAGAAGUUCUGAAAGUCCAAGGGUCCGAUUCUCCCUCUCCUUUGCACGUUACACCAGUGCAAAGUCAGGGUGUAAAGCACUAGCUUUGCAUGGGUGUCAGUGACUAGGCCAGUUGUGUGUUACAGCUCUCCGGGCUGGGUUGUCUGAGGAAUGAACCUGAGACCUUGGAUCUGAAAGCAGGAGUGUCUUACUCCUGUUUGAGCUAGCCUGUGUGCAGUAAAACUCAUAAACUGCUCUAGCUGCUAGCCGCUACAGGGGACAGCAUCAUGCUGGGUCAGCACAGGUUAAAGGCAGCGAGGAAUCAGGACUGUAUUUCCCAGUGGCUUUAGCAGGUAGCAACUAAGUCCUCAGAUGGAGUAAAUGUGUUCCGAAUUCUGUUGAAGACAACGGGGCUAUGCUGAUUUAUGCCAGUUGAGCAUCUGGCCCGCUACUUGAGUCUGUGGUUUCUGAUGUGAUUGUCCCCCUGCUCGUAUGAAAACGGAAAUGGAUUUAAGGCCAGAUUGGUGGCAUUCCAGUCCAGGUGUCCCCAUUGCUUAGUUUCAUUGUGGCGUUCUGUUCUCUGCUAGUGGUGUCUGGGCCACACGGAGGUGACUGGCCCUGCCACCACCUUGGCUAAGGGGGUCUUUUAGCUCAAGCAGUAGAGGCUCCUGCCUUUAAAGCUGGAGGUGCCAGGUUUGAUUCCCACUGCCAGCAAUGAACCGCUAGGAAGCAGUAUUGGCAAAGGGAGUCAUGAUCAUGCCCCAGACAGAACACGGGUGGUUGUCUUGGGUGAAUUUCCCCUCCUGUUCAGAGAUGCCAGCAUGAACCACUGGAAUGCUAUUUAAGCCUUCAAAAUCGGUCGGAAGUGAUGCACACGCCUUGUGCUGGCCCAUCUGCAAGUGGGUGAAUUGCACCCCCUCCUCUGUAUUCCCCAUAAGAGACAGAGAAGUCCUGACAUUGCAGCAGAAACAGGAGUACUCAGACCUCAUUACCUCAAGUCCGGUGUGGAUCAGAACUUUCCCGAAGUACUAGUGGGGUUCCUUGUCUGUUAAAUAAACCUCGCUUUGCUAGCGGAAAGGAAAUUGUGUGUGACUGUCCUGGGGAGAGACAAUCUUCCCUGCAAAUCUGAGCCGGUUCUUCUGUAUCCCCUCUACAUGUUAUAGGAACUAGGCCAGAUUCCCAGAAAUCAGUAUGGCUCCAUUGGAGUCAAUGGGACAGAUCUUCAGCUGCUGUAACUCAGGAUAGCUUCUGUGAAGUCAAUAGAGCUACGCUGAUUUACGCUGGCUGUCCCACUGAGUCUCAUUUACCCUGAGGCCCCUUUACGCCAUUCUGGCCGGGUAAAAGUGCGUCAGUGUAAAUGAGAAUUGAGCAGACUUGUAUUUAUUGUCCCGUUCAAGUAUUUCUGUCCGAUCCUUUCAUUUCACUCUCUCCAGCAGAGAAAACGAAUCUGAGAACAAGCCCACAACAACUGAGUGGGAUCAAAGGUAGGGAAAGUGAUCUGCCAACCCCUUGUCUACAGGCCUGGUUCUCAUUUACACUGACACCUGCUCUACCCACAGAUUUUGUCCCAGUAUAUUAGUUAGGGGGGAUGAUUAGUUUACCGAUAUCGUUAUUCCAGUGUAACCCCUAGUGUGUAUGCAGUUAAACUGGUAUAAAGGUGCCUUGUACUGGGUCAUGUAUUCCCCUUCCCAUAUGGGAAUAGCUGUACCAAUAUAAACCCCUUAAUGCCAGUAUACUUGCAUGCACACUUGGGGGGGAUUUCUCUGUCUAACUAUAUUGGUAUAAAGUGGAACAACUUUUGUGUGCCUUAAACCUCUUUCACACAACUGUGGCAGCAGAACGGAGGUUGUAGUGUAUAAAUUUGUGCCCACUUUAUGGUCCCUUUACCCAGCCAGAAUUAUGUAAAAUUGUAAAUGAGAAUCUAAGAAGGAGAAACCAGAAAGCACACUUCUGGCCACGCUUGGGGCAGUUGCUCUUUGUGUCAGCUCAGCCCAGGACCUCUUCCCCCCCAUAGCCACCUGUUUCAGAAUAGCUACUGGCAUGAUGCUAAAAACUCUCAGGAUUGUGGCCGCACUGUGGUUGACCACGGCACGCUUAUCUCAGAUUUCUUAUGGAUGAUGUUAACAUCAGGUCCUCUUUCUCUCCUGCUCCCCACCCUCCUCGCUCCCUGUAAGUCAGAUAGAUCGGGAUAGAUGUAGUGUUCUCUGGGCUAUGUGCAAAAACCUUUAUAAAAUAGAAUAAACCCUUUAAAUUAUGCACUAAAGAAACAAAACAAAACCCCAACAUAUAUAUAGUGUGGUUAGUCGAAUUGCCUACACAGUUCAGCCCUCCUAUAUUGUCACAGGCAGCUUUCAUUUCCCGCCCGUGAUGGUGCAAACGUUCAGUAAAUUGUGCACUUCCCUUUAUUAGUUUUAUUUAUUGUUUAGAAAGGCAAUUUUAAAAAGCUAUACUCUGUAUCUAAAAGUAUACAUAUAUAUAUACAUAUAUAUAUAUAUAUAUAUAUAUAUAUUUUAACCUCUUCUUUCCCAUGCCCCAGACCCUCCCCUUUUUUGUGUGUGAAUUAAGGGAUUCUGUUCUCUUGGGUGGCAGCAGAUCAGUUUAAAACAAACAAAAAAAUCCAUGAUCUUCGUGUAGGAGAGAUCUGUGGGGAAGGGUAAUUUUUCUGGGGUGUUGCCCCUCUUUGAUACAUCUGGAUCGUUGGGAGUCCAUCGAUCCACUGAAAGCAAGAAAGCAGUAGAGAGGUGGAUACAUGCUAGUAGCUUGUAAAUUUCCAUCCAGGAUCUUUGGUUAGGUCCAUCUUUCUCUAGGCAUUUGCAAUCCCUGGGGUUUGGCCUUCUAUAUUAAUCUCCCAACCCCUGGGAGCUCUUUCUUGGUACAUCCUUGCUUUCUUAGUCCCAGUCCUGUCCCUUCCCACCCCACCCCCAACCCCCACCCCUUUGACAAUCAGUGGCUCCUUCCCAGGGACAGCAGCACGUCGGUGAGAUGUCCGUUUUGGUUUUUCAAUAUUCCUUUCUUUGUGCUGUAUGGUGAUGCGUUAUUGUAUAUUACACGAUAAGAAAAAGAGGUAAAAAAAAAUGAUCAUGAAAAAUUCUGAUGAGUUUUGUUUGGAAACUCUUUCACUAUAUUUGUUGUAAAGAGGUUUACUAUUAAAAAGAAAAAAAAAUACAUGUUUCUGAUAACUU